AUGCCAGUCAAAAAAAAGUGUCGCAUAUGUUUGGCUGAGGACAAGGGCCGCAAUGGAAUGCAACCAUUGUUUGAUGAGAAAAAUAUACGUUGUGCCGAAAUUGUCCAUCGCAUAGAGGAAUGUGGGGGAAUUGUGUUAAAGCAUCAUGACGAAUUCCCCACAAUGAUAUGUUUCCAGUGCCUAGACUAUCUAAAUACAUCGUAUAAAUUUCGUUUAAUGUGCCAGUCCAGUGAACAGGCUCUAUUGGAUGCAAUAGUGAAGGUGCGUCAAUUUUCGGAAUUAAAAACGGAACCACAGGAAUCUUCGACGUCGGCCCAACAAUCUACAAAUGUUUCCAAAACAAGGUCCACCACCACCAGCACUGCUAAUGCACCAGCGGCGGCUGAUGAAGAAUUAUUUUUCGAAAUACGUUCCGAAUUUAUUAAAGGCCAAGAAGUUUUCUUCGACGAUCUGCCCGACACCAAACAGGAUAUAUUCAGCGACAAUGACAAUGACCGUGAUGAUGAUGAUGAAUUUCUAGCCAUUGAAGAGGUGGAUUUGGAAGAAAUUGAUGGCGAAGAACAUUUGGAUGAUAGUGAUACAGAUAAUGAUAACGAUAAACUAUUAGAUGAUGAUGAAUUUGUGCCCAUACCAAAAAAGAAAUCCAAAACAAAAGCUGCGAAGCCCAAAAAGGAGACAAAAGUAAAGGGAUCGACUGGCAAUAAGACUACUGGUGCAACUACUACUGGUGAAAAGGGUGUGGGUAGAGGUCGAGGUCGUAAGAAAAAUGAAGCGGAACCGGAAACAAAUAUAUGUGAAAUCUGUGGCAAUAUCUAUGCCAAGCGAAGUCUGCUGAAUAUGCAUAUGAGACGUCAUCGGGCCGAAAAGCCAUUUGAAUGCGAAAUUUGUGGUAAACAAUUCACCUGUCCCUCGGAAAUAGGUCGUCAUAUACGAAUUCACACCGGAGAAAAACCUUAUGUUUGUCGUUUCUGUGGCCGAACAUUUGCCGAUAGAAGUACAAACAUUAAACAUGAAAGAAUACACACAAAUGAAAGGCCAUUCACCUGCCAGACAUGUGGUAAAUCAUUUACAUACUCAAAUGUAUUAAAGAAUCACAUGCUAAUACAUACAGGAGAAAAGCCAUUCCCUUGCAAACCGUGCAAUAAAACAUUUUCACGCAAACAUCAAUUGGAACAGCAUUUAAGUACCAUAACACAUCAACAGACUAUUAAAAAUCUCCUAAUGCCAAAAUUCCGAGAUGAAGAUGGUACAGAAUAUACAUUGCAAUUAACCGAUAGUCAUGGCCAACCAAUUGAACAACAACUACAAUCAUAA